AUGAAGAGCUGCAGCUGCGGAUUUGGCAGCAGACCCGCAGCCAGCACCAGAAAUUCGACGGUCAGUAAUCCAAUUUCGGCUCAACUCGUCGACAUUGAGACUAUCGUUGUACACUUCUACCCUAUUUGGGAAGCUGCUUCUGUUGAUGAAUGGUUGUACAACGGUGAUCCUUACGAACUUUUUCAUAAUAUGUUGAAUUAG